AUGGACGAUGUCUUAUUUGAAAAUAUCACCGAUGAACUACAGCGAUUACAAGCACAAAUCGACAAGAUGAAUCGCGAUUUCUCGAGCAACGAGAAUGCUUUCUUUCUCUGUUCAAUGGCGUUGAUCAUUUUCUUAAUGCAGUGUGGUUUCGCUUUCUUGGAAGCCGGAGCCGUUAGAAGCAAAAACACCACAAACAUUUUGAUUAAAAAUUUACUAGAUUCAUGCAUAGCCAUUAUCGGUUAUUGGGCAAUCGGAUACGCGUUUGGAUUUGGAAAAACCCAGAAUUCGACUGUCGAUCUUUUCAUUGGCUCGUCGAACUUCUUCUUGAGUGGAUUCAACGACUACCCAAAAUUUUUCUUCCAAUACGUCUUUGCAGCCACUUCAGCUACAAUUGUUUCAGGAGCUGUGGCUGAAAGAUGUGAAUUUGCCACCUAUAUCACCUAUUGUUCAGUUAUUUCGUCCAUCGUUUACCCAAUUCUUACUCAUUGGGGCUGGGCGAGUGGCGGUUGGAUGAAGCAAGGAAUCAAGACUGGAGAUAUCAAUACAACUUAUUUGGAUUUUGCUGGAGCUGGUGUUGUUCAUUUGUGUGGAGGGACAAUCUCUUUUUUGGCCGCUUGGAUGAUGGGGCCGAGGAUUGGACGAUUCCAGAAAGAGGGAGAAGAUCCAAGCCCGGAAAUCAAGGGACACUCCGUGCCGUUUGCCGCUCUCGGUGGUUUCAUCCUGAUGUUCGGUUUCUUGGCGUUCAAUGGAGGAUCGAUGGCUGACAUUGUGCAACCAGGAGAAGGUAACAUUGUGGCUCUUGCAAUGGUGAACACAAUCCUCUGUGGAGCAUUUGCUGCUCUCACCUACCUUUUAUGGCAUUAUUUCACUCAUGGGAAGUGGACACUCCUGUUGACGAUCAAUGCUUGUUUGGCUGGCAUGGUCUCAUCGUGUGCUGGUUGUAACAGAAUGGAGCCCUGGGGUUCAGUAUUUGUCGGGAUUGGAUCAGGACUUAUCUAUUUGGCUCUCAGUAAAAUCAUGCUAAGAUACAAGAUUGAUGACCCAUUAGAUGCUUUCGCAGUGCAUGCAGGCGGUGGUGGCUGGGGAUUGAUCUCGACUUGUAUCAUUUCACAUGAUGGAAUCGCUUAUGGAAUCGGUGAUGCAAUGGCCGGGAAAGGAAAUGACAGGAUUGCACAGACAUUUGCUCAACUCGGCUGGCAACUUGUCUGCUUAUCAGCAAUCGUUAUAUGGUCUUUGCUCUGGAUGGGCCCAAUAUUCUGGUUCUUGAAAAAGAUCAAUCGAUUCCGUGUCACGGUUGAAGUGGAAACAAAAGGAUUGGAUAUUUACAAGCAUGGAGAGGCUGCUUAUCCUCUACACGCGUAUGGUCACGGAUGGGAUGACUUUGAACAGAUCAAAACACACCGAGGAAAAUCGAGAACGAGAACAGCGAGCACUUUUGCUGAAAUGAAUCUCGAGCAAUUGGCUGAAGUCUAUAGUAGAAGGACAUCGAUUCAACCUGGAGUCGCUUUUGGCAAGCAUCGAUCUGGCUCAGCUUAUCACAAUCCUUCCUACUUUGAACACCCCGAGCAUCACACAAAUGCAAAGCAAAAGAGAAACGUUCCAAAGAAAUUCCUCAAGAAAGACAUUGAAAUUGUCGAAACGUAUCACGAAGAUGAGCCUGUGACUGUGUCAAAUCAUGUGGAUGAUUCGUGGAUG